AGUUUUCGUUAGAAAAAAUAUAAUUACUUAUUUUAACUUUUUUUUAAAAAUGUUUAAACUUGAACCGGAACUCUAUAAUUCAUUUACUGAUAAUAAAUACUAUAACGAAGUAUUAGAAAAUUCAUUUAAUAUUAUUAAUAAUAAACUCAAUAGAAAAUUUGAUGUCAUAGUGGAUUUAGGAUGCGCUGAGGGCGGUAUAACCAAACUACUAUCAACACGUGUACCACAUCGUAAACUAGUGGCCAUCGAUACGGUACCCGAUCUGCUAAGCUAUGCCCGACAGUACAAUACAGGUCCGACAAUCGACUAUCAGCUACAGGACAUGUCCGUUGAGUGGCCACAGUUGUCGCCACAGUUACGCCAAUUGGAGACGACAGUGGAUCUGGUUUUUGCCAAUUUUGUUGUACCGCACUUUACCGACAAAACCAAACUAAUGUCACUGAUUAGUAAACUGUUGGCACCGGGCGGUGGUGUGUUUCAUUCAAAUAAUAUGCUGUAUCCGGAUUUGAAUAAAAAAUUAUUGCCCAAAUACAAGGGUCCAAAACCAUGGUAUCCAUCAAUAGAGAAACAAAUCGAUGAUUAUAGACAUAGUUUACUGGAUAAUGGUUUUCAAAUCAAAGAGUUUACUAUUGUUGAAAAACAUUGGAAAUGGAGUCGAAAACAAGCUAUUGAGAUGAUGCCUUACGCUGUCGAAGACUUUCGCCAAUUCUAUCCGAAUCGUCAACUAUUUGACGAAGAAGUUGGGGAACACUUGUGGGACACUCUGUUCGACGCCUAUCGCAACCAACCGGACGACCCGCCCGUAGCCGACGGCGCGUGGAAACAGUUUUUGGCCGACGAAUCGCAAACAGAAAUCGAUGAUUGUAUACCUUAUAUCAGGAUUGUGGCCAUAAAAGACUAA